AUGUCGAGUCGUGACAGUGGCGUUAGAUGCCUCCGUUAUACUGCGGGCGGUGGCCACUACAAGGGCAGGUGGCAACAUGGCCAACAUCAUGGCUACGGCGUCAAAGCCACUGGCCGUGGUCUUAUCUACGAGGGACAGUGGCGUCUUGGGCAACGACACGGCUACGGCACACUGCGUCGUCAAUGGGCCAGUGGACACGCGGAGCGCAUUUAUGUGGGUCAGUGGCUGGAGGAUGUGCGCUGCGGGGAGGGUAAGCAGUACUACGAGGAUGGCUCCGUUUACUAUGGCCAGUGGCAGGGCAAUGGGCGCCAUGGACGCGGCAUUCAAUGGCAUGCGGAUGGGCGCGUCUAUAUUGGGGAAUGGCAAAAGGAUGCCAUGCACGGCAGAGGCGUGCUCUAUGCGGCCAACGGCAAUCGAUAUGUGGGCGAGUUUAAGGACGGCUGCAAGUCCGGCGUAGGCGUUUACUAUCAUGGACAGGUGCCACAGCACGGCAUGUGGAGCCAGGACAUCUGCAAGAGCUCCGUGAUGCCAGUGAAGAGUCAAAGUUCAAGUUGCAGCUAAACAUUUAUUGUAAAAACACAAAGUAUAUUAAUUAAUAAGAUACUAAACUAAAUUGGAAUAAAGUUAAUCAGUUCCU